UCCCACUGCCCCUCCUCCCAUUGAUCCUAUAACCAGAUCCGUGCGAUCGAGAUCCAGAUUUUUUUUAUCACUCGGCAGCUGAAAACUUCGAGGCUCGAUCGCGUCUUGAAGACCGAGAAAAUGUCUGAGCUAAACUCUAAGUUAACUACGGACCGCGGUCUUGCCGUCGGCGAACGAUUGCUAACUGACGAGAAACGCAAAUUGUCAGCAAUCCUUGACCACGAAGACUUGAAAGACAUAAAAUCCCCUAAAGAAGGAAUGGAAGAAGCUCAGAAAAUUUCCUGGAGGAGAAAAGUGUGGAAAGAAUUGAAGCCGGACAAGCGAUUGAUUCCUAUCAAGAUUUUAACGUUCCUUUUUUUCGGAGGAAUGUUUUGUGUGACUCCAUACUUCUCACUGCACAUGCAGCAGCUCGGCAUCUCCGUUAAAGAGAUCGCAAUCAUUUAUUCAAUCCUGCCACUGCCAGCCAUCAUGGGGCCUGUCAUCUGUGGUAUUAUCGGAGAUUACGUUUCCAACUUCAAGGCUAUUCUGAUAGCCAACAUCGGCUUGACGGUUCUGUUCAACAUCGCGUCGGUGUUCACGCCGGUGUUGGAACUACAACACAUGCAGCCGCUGAACUUCAACUCGUCAGGCUUGUCUCUCUCCGAGCCAUUUUGCCUGCUUGAAGGCGAGACCCUCAGCUCUGACCGCAUGCCAUGGUUGUGCAACAGUCCAUGCUUCGAUAAUUCAGAAUUGGACGUCUUCUCCAACACCAACCAAACCUUGCACUGCACUUCGGUUGAUCGCAGUCAUGAGUUGCCGCUGUCUUCUUGUUUCUUGGAGAUGCCAGACGAAGCUGGCUGUGGCCACACCGUGCAGUUCUCUAACGGACGUUCUCGAUUCUCCUCCUCCAAAGACAAUUUCUACGCCAGCACCAACGAAUGCAUCGUAACGUGUGUUCCUACGUCGAUGCAAGGAGUAGACGAUUCCUAUAUGAGCAAUUCUAGAACCUUUUGGAUCUACUUUAUCUGCAGAAUCUUCGUGACUUUGUUCAUGAAUGCAGCCUUCUCGAUGAUGGACGCGUCGAUUAUGGCUGUGAUGCUGCGCACCGGCGGCGACUACGGCAAGCAGAGACUCGUCGCCAUGCUCAGCAUGGCCACCUUCCCCUUCAUCGCCUCCUGCAUCGUCGAGUCUCUGUCCAAAGGGCCGGCCGACUACUCGUACGCGAUCUACCUGCACGCGUUGCUGCUCGGCUGCAGCGCCAUCGUUGCUUUUUGCAUCAACCUUGAUGUAAAAUCAGAAAAGAACGAGAAUAUCUGGAGAGACAUCAUUCAACUGAUGAAGAGGACGGAGGUUGUCAUAUUCCUUUUCAUCAUCUUCCUUCUGGGGGCGAAUUGGGGCUUCUUGGAGAACUACCUCUUCGUCUUCCUCAACUACCUGAAAGCUCCCACGUAUCUACUGGGACUGACGAUGACGUUUGGCUGUCUCACUGGAGUGCCCAUGUUGCUCGUGUCUGACAGGAUCGUCGAGAAACUCGGAAGGCAAAAAGUUUUCGUUAUCGGCUUCCUAGCGUACACCGUCAGAAUGUUCGGAUACUCCAUUAUCACGAACCCCUGGUACUGUUUCAUUUUCGAGGCCCUGGAGGUGUUCACCUACCAGAUCAUGUGGGUGGCUGCUGUCACAUACUUCCCUAUCCUGGCCCCGACCAGCCUGCUGGGUACACUCACUGGCAUUGCUGGUGCAGUCCACUACAAUAUUGGCCGUGGUGGUGGAGCCCUGGUAGGAGGCUUCCUGAUCGCCGGCGUCGGGAUGGUCUGGACCUUCAGGGUGUUCGGUGUCGCCAGUUUCUUCUUCGCUAUCAUGUACAUCGUCCUGCAUAAAUACGGUCUCAACAAGCUCGCCGAGGUCAAAGAUCAGGAUGCAGAAAAUACGAAAGAAGAAGAAGCCAAUCAGAAAGUAGAAGUGUGAGAUGAAGAUUUUGAUAGAAAAGUCCAGUGGCGCAACUAUAUACAUAUGAAAGACGGUUAAACUAAUCUCUGCUUGAACGUGCGUGUGAUAAGAAGAUGCUCUGCAACCAAAUCAUUCGAUGUGUAUUAUUUAUAAGCAUAGUCUCAGACUCUAAAAAACAUUUUUUUGUUUUUUCCUAAAUAUCUUUUGAAGAAUUGCACUUAGCACUGUGAAAUUUGUACCAAACAUCACGAGCCCAGUGUAUGUGCUCAAAAAUUGCCAGGAUUUUAACGCAACUAGUUUUCAGUUAAGAAGCUAAAUUAUGCAAAAUAAAAAAAAACUCACAUGUUGAAUUAACAUGGUGAAUUAAUAUCAAAGUUAAAAUUAAUAUCAAGCAUAAAGUUUAUGUAACGCUAACAUUAAAUAAUUAAUAACAUUGGUAAAGUUUAUUCCUCUAGCAAUGAUGACAAAAUGUUAAAACAGCGCUCGAGAAUUUAGAAAAAUCGAAAAACUCUCUAAAUGGAUUUUGACAUGAAGGAGAUUUCUGAUGAUCAAUUUUUUCUAUUUCUAAAUAAAUAACUAAGUUAUAUUUCUAAAAUAACUAAAUUAUAUAUAUUAGAUAUAAUUUAGUCGCAACGGACUUUACUUAAGACAAUUUAAUUCUAUUAAUGGAAGCUAAGCCACACUUUUUCGUCGCAAAAGUUGUAUUAAUUACCAAUAAAUAUUGAAGUCAAUUCAAAAUUCAUACAGUUUUUCGUU